AUGUUCGCCAGAUUAGCAUCUUUGGUGUACCGUCGAAAUUCUAUUCAAAGCCCACAAGAGGAAGAAAAGCCAAAUAAAGAACGAAAGGAUUACGUAGCAGCAAUCUACGCUGUCAAUGGUACGGAUGUAAGGUUGUUGCGACCCCGUGCUUUCUUAACAUUCAGUGAGGACCCAGAAGCGGAGACUAAUGUCGAUACCGAGACUGAGACACAUGCGGAGGAGGAACAAACCAAUACGGAAGGACAACCAAGCCCCCCCGCAUUGUAUCUCUGGGAUGAUGACGAUGAAUUGGUCGUACCGGCCUUACCACUCGACCAGCUGAUCAGCGUCAGACAACACCGCCCUGACUCUCUCCAGGUAGUCCAGGUUAAACCACCCAUUGAGUACGGAUUCCAUUUUCCUAAGGUCGAGGCAGCGAUUGCCUUUCGAACUGAGCUCAUGAGACUGCUAUCCACCACCUGCGAACGGGAACUGUGCGCGUGCGAAGUGACCGUGACGAUUUCUGUGAACGGGGAGCAUUUCCCAGACUGGGAACGGGGGCAGGAAGCGGGUACGGAAGGGGACACGGAAGGGGACUCGGGAGAGGAUCCGGAGCAUGGGCGGCAACAAGACCGGGGAGACGUGUCAGAAACCGAGUACUAUAGCGCUGGGAACCCGGCAGCCGAGGCCGCGGCAGCCGAGGCCGAGUCGGCCGCUGGGUCACCCGUCUCUGCAGGCGCUGGCAUGAAGGGCGGAAGCGAGCCGUCGGGACCACACCGCAUGGUCAUUCGGCAAAGAGACGGCGACGGAAUGACGAUCCUCAGCAUCCCCGACGUGCGCUUAUUUGUGGAAAUGACCAAGGACCUGCACCUCGAUGUCACCGACGUGGCCGCAGGCAAAUUCAUCUUAUGGGGACCCUUCCAACAGCGCGAGGGAGGCUGGGCGCGCCAGUGGCUGAGCGUCCGCGUGGUCAACCCGCGCGAGUCACUGAAUGUCGUGGUGAUCCUGAACCGGUGCACCGGGUUCGAGGAAAGGGUCCUGCUUGAACAGUUUGUGGAAACGGACCAGGAUAACACCGACCCAGAAAUCGUGGAGUGGGACGCGGACGAUGCUGUAGUCGUGGAGGAGGACGAGGGACCUUAUUUAGACUCCUCGGAAGAGCUAGGGGAAACGCUACAAGAGGAAGAGGAAGAGCAAGCGGAAGAGCCGUCGGACGAAGAAGAAGCCCGAAAGGACGUCCGACCUAUCCAAUUCAAGGGCGUCGCUAGUCCUUCCAUGCUCGAAGACUCGGUGCUGCCCGGUGACGACGAUGAACAGGCGUCUUCUGAUGAGGCGAGUGCCCUUGAAGAUCAACUUAGCGAACUGGACGGAUUUUCCAAAUGGACUGAUCUGCGGACUGCGAUGGAGUCCGACCUGAAGAGAGCGGAUGGGGUCUUGACAACCGUGCCCUCACAGGAUCCUAAGAAUGAUAGAAAAGGCUCUUCCGAAACAGAAGAGUUGGGAGAAGAUUCAGGUGGGCUAGAUUGCUGUCCAGAUGAUGAAGAGAAUUUAUGUGGGACCCGAGCUGCCGUAGAGAAAUAUUCUAAUUUCCGGAAAGACUCUAAGGGAGAAUCAGAAAUAGAUUCCGAGAGAGAUUCUGACAGCAGAGGGAGGAGUUCCGAUGGCGAAAAUUAUGCAGGAAGUUCACCCUGCGUUUCUGGUUCCUUAAGAAAACGCUCAGACACGCGUUUGCAUAAAUUUAUGGAGAUCGGAGAACAGCGUUCAUUGGUUUGUCGUGCCAAGGGUAGCGCGUCGGGAUGUGACUGGGGACGUCGUGCUGAACGUGACUUUAACUUGCAUGUUGUAGAUAAUACGUCAAAUAGAAUGAGCACUAUCAAGGGUCAGAAAUUCGGUUAUAAAGAUACCGAAGUAAAUCCUGGUAAGGGUUUAUUGCAUUCGAAUGAGCGAAAGUUAGUGUUUGUUGAUGAGCGAAAUCCUGAAGAUAUAUAUCAAAUGGAUUUGGAAAGAGAGAAAGUAGUUAGUAAAUUUCAUACGGACGGUCUUUCCGCACAUUUGCUAUGGCACUCCAGCAAAGGCGCCGGUUCUAGCGAUGAUCCUACAUUUUUAGCGGCUUCUUCGAAUGCUUUCUAUCUCAUGGACACACGUGUGUGCUCCGCCAAAACGAAUGUAGGCGAUCAUAGUUGGCGAGGAACCACGAAGAUGUACAACUCAAAGCCGGGUUUCACGGCGGCAGCUAGUGAUGCCCAUGGCCACAUUGUUUUAGGUAGUCAACAAGGUAUGUUGCGUUUGUAUGAUGGCUUGCCAAAUUCGUCGGAUGAAUUUAAGAUAGCGAAGACUCAAUUGGAUUCUCAUUAUGAAAAAAUAAAGGCGGUUGAUACAUUGCCGGAUGGUUCAUGGGUGUUAGCAACAAUGAAAAAUUGUCUUAUACUAUACCCAACAAAAUUGAGAUCGUAUCAGAAAACAGGUUUUGAGAUGAGGCUGGGAUCCCAGAAACCUCCGCCUGUCUAUCUACAACUGAAAGCGAGAGACAUCCAACAUUAUCAAUUGGACGAUAUUGAGUUCCAGCCAGCUGUUUUCGAUCCUAAAGGAGAGCUCAUCAUAACCAGUGUUGGUAAUCUAGCGAUAAUUUGGGACUUCCUCGUAAUCAAGAAGGGUAAGAGACUUGAUUCAUACAUAAUCAAACCGAUGGAAAGCUAUAUACAAGAAUCUAAGAUUAGAGACGACGGACGUGUCGUCAUCGCAUACCCGAGCGAUAUAGAAAUAGUCAACAGGCCCAAACGAAUUUCUGGCUAG